CAUCGAGUAGACUGAACAGAGUCCUCAAUGUCAUCUCCAGACGUACACGAACUUACCCUUUCUCCCAUCACUGCUCACUCCUUCAAUGGAGACAGAACAAAGCUUGCUGUUUGCCCUAACGACACUAAUGUCCACAUUUACAACACUAGCUCUAACAACUGGUCCAUCGAAGCAACUUUGAAGGAUCACGACAAAGUCGUUACUGGUAUUGACUUUGCUCCCAACUCCAACCGUAUUGUGACCUGCUCGCAGGAUCGUAACGCCUACGUGUGGACUCAAGAAAACGGUGUUUGGAAGCCUGCUUUGGUAUUGUUGCGUAUCAACCGUGCUGCUACCUACGUCCGCUGGUCUCCCAACGAAGACAAGUUCGCUGUUGCUAGCGGUGCCAGAGCUAUCUCUGUGUGUUAUUUCGACGAGGAUAACGACUGGUGGGGUAGCAAGCAUAUCAAGAAGCCCAUUCGUAGCACUGUCCUCUCUGUCGACUGGCAUCCUAACAACGUCCUUCUUGCUUCCGGCUCCGCUGAUAUGAAGGCUCGCGUCUUUUCUGCCUUCAUUAAGGGUGUUGAUAAGAAGCCUGCUCCUACCGUUUGGGGCGACAAGCUUCCUUUCAACACUCUGUGCGGUGAAUUCCAGAGUAACCGUGGCGGUUGGGUUCACAGUGUUGCUUUCUCUCCCUCGGGUGAUGUGUUGGCCUUUGCCGGUCAUGAUUCAUCCAUUAAUAUUGCAUACCCAAGUGCCGAUGGCAACCCUACUGUCGUCACUGUUGUUACGCCCAGUCUUCCCUACCUGUCCUUGAUCUGGGCCAACGAUAGACAAAUCGUUGCUGCUGGUCAUGACUGCGCACCCGUCUUGUUUGAAACCUCAGACAACCAAGACUGGCAUCUGACUGGUUCUCUCGACGAAAACAAGAAGAAGACCUCCAUCUCUACUUCUGUCUUGAGUCGUUUCAAGACCAUGGAUUCUCGCGGCUCCUCUGACAACGACACUGAUCUCAAUACCAUUCAUCAAAAUACUAUUCUUCAAGUGCGCCCAUACAGUGGCUCCCCUGAUCAAGUUGCCCAGUUCUCCACCGCCGGCGUGGACGGCAAGAUUGUUAUUUGGGACUUCGAUCCUAGCCGCGUUGCUAAGGAUCUGUCUUCCCUUCGCGUGUAAAAUAGCCCUCAAAUUACUUCCGCUGUUAGGUUUUUCAUGAUGCAAUUGAUUUUAAUGAUGGAUUAUGAAAGGAAAUAAUUAAAAAAUGCGAAACUGAAAACAAAUAA